AUGGAUAAGCUUAUUUCCCCGUCCUCCCCGGUACCCGCCUCGUUCUCCUUUUCCGAGCCGUCAUGCAUGAUUCUCGAACUACCUUCCUGCGAAGUCCCGGAGCAGUGGCUGCUCGCUGAUGAUGUCCUUGUGGGCAAGAACGAGAACGAUGAUAUUGGCGCCUGCCUGUGGGAGAUGCCGGCGGACGGCGGCGUGCUCUCCCCUGACUCUGAGCUCGCCAAGCUGCUCCCGAGCCUCUCAGCGCCGGCUCCGCAACGCCCGGCGAAGCGGCGGGGCCGGAAGCCAGGGCCGCGCCCGGGCGCCAGGGCAGCCGCCGGCCACGUGGAGUCCGAGCGGCAGCGCCGCGAGAAGCUGAACCGCCGGUUCUGCGACCUCCGCGCCGCCGUGCCCACCGUGUCGCGCAUGGACAAGGCCUCCCUCCUCGCGGACGCCGCGCGGUACAUUGCCGAACUCCGCGCCCGCGUGGCGCAGCUCGAGUCCGAGGCCAGGCACGCCGCCGUGGCGAGGUGGGAGCGGAGCGCCGAUGGCGACGGCGACGGCGACCAAGGCGCGGGCGUCGUCGACGAUGAGCUGUACGUGCGGGAGGUGGGCCGGGACACGGCCGUGGUGCGCGUGACGAGCGGCGCGCGCCACGCACCCGCGCUGCUGAUGGGUGCGCUCCGGUCGCUGGAGCUGCAGGUACAGCACGCGUGCGUGAGCCGCGUGCACGGCGUGACCACGCAGGAUGUUGUCGUCGACGUGCCCCGGGGGGCCACCGCGCUCCAGGACGACGAAGGUCUUCGCAUGACGCUGCUCCAGAGGCUGCAGGCCAGCGACUAG